AUGUCCAAACACCAGCGCAGUGACACUGGGGAGAGACUGUGGAAAUGUGCGGAUUGCAGGAAGGAAUUUCUUUACCCAUCCCAGCCAGAAACUCACCAACAGAGUCACACUGGAGAGAAACCAUUCACCUGCUCCGAUUGUGGGAAAGCAUUCGCUCAGUCAGCAAAUCUGCAAACGCACCAGAGAAUACACACGAGAGAGAGACCAUUCACCUGCUCUGGUUGUGGCAUGGGAUUCACUCAGUCAUCUAAUCUGCUCAAACACCAACACCAGAACGUUCACACUGGGGAGAAACCAUUCACCUGCUCCAAAUGUGGGAAAGCAUUCACUUGGUCAUCCUCCCUGCUGGAACACCAGCAGGUUCACACUGGGGGGAGACCAUUCACGAGGUCUGAGUGUGGGAAAGCAUUCACUCAGCCACUCAAACUGUUAACACACCAGCGAUUUCACAAAGAACCACAGUUGAAGGAUUUUACCGUCACUCUCACUAUCAAAUGA